GCGUAAGAACAUGGAGGCGGAAGUUGCAACUAUGGAGGUUGCAAUCGAGGAAUGCAUAAAGCAAAGCAAUCUCUUUUACGAGGAGAGAAACGACUUUGAGGAGCGGAUCACAGAUAUCCACGAGAUCGAGGCGGACAUGCGAGCCUACGAUUUGUGGAGAGAAACUGAAGGAUGGGCUAUAAUGGAUCCAGAGCCUUUGUCGAAAGUGGUCAACCCAGCGGAUCAAUUUGUAAGAUGAUGGUGACUGGCCAGAGGGGUAAACCACCAAAGGAAUGCAGCGAAGAACAGAGGAUUUGGAUCGAGCUUAAGGCCCUGGCAAACAUCAUGGAUGUACUUGGUAUCGACGAUCCCAACGAAGUUGUCAACUCUGUUAAACAAGCUCAGCGGCAAAAUAGUGAGUUUUAUGAUCUAGUGAACCAGCUCCUCCAGGUGGUGAAUGAGGUCGAUGGCAAGCUAGAACAAACCCAGGUGAAGAUCAACGUGAACCAGACGUCACGCACGGCAUUGAUAAACCGCAAAGUCGACAUGGAAUCAACACUGGAGGGGAUUCUCGACCUGUUGAAGGACCUUAAUCUCGACGACGAGGAGCUUCUUCCGAUUAUAAGGGAGAUGAGGAAGCAGCUCGGAGCUGUGUUCAAAGAAGCUGGAUGCAAUGUGGAGGACGAAGAAAUGGAUUACUCGCAAGACUCGGUGGCGACGAUCACGUACAAAUCGGGUAGAGCACAGCCGCUGGAAGUUGCGAUCGUCGAGUUCUUCGUCACCAUCGAGCAUUUCAUCGAUCAGUUGUCAGGAACUCUGCGUUAAAAUCAAUGCGCUCGUCAAGACUUUCUUAACUUGCACAACAAAGAUUUCAUGACUGACCGUGAUCCACCGUAAAGAAAAUUUCUUGUGGGUGGCUUAUCUUA